AUGCUGCCCGCUGCCAUUCAGAUCCUGGCGUUUGCCCUGGCGCUUCUGGGCGUCCUCGGCACCACCGUGGCCACUCUGCUACCCAACUGGAAGGUGAGCAUCAACGUGUGGUCCAGCAUCAUGACCCCCAUCUCACAGAUGCAGGGGCUGUGGAUGGACUGCGUCUGGUACAGCUCCGGCGUCUUCAGCUGCACCAUGAAGAACUCAGUGCUGUCGUUGCCGGCGUAUCUGCAGACCACGCGGGCCGCCAUGGUUCUGUCCUGCCUCGUGGCGUUGUUUGGACUCUGCCUCGCCUCCCUAGGGCUUAAAUGUACCCGCUGGGGGGGCAGCCACCGAGCGAAGGGGCACACGGCCAUCGCUGCAGGCGGCUGCUUCAUCCUGGCCAGCUUCCUCGUCCUGGUCCCCGCGUCCUGGUUUACCAAUGAAGUCAUCACCGCCUUUCUGACCACGGAUCUGCCGGACAGCAGUAAAUAUCAGCCUGGAGGAGCUCUGUGCGUGACGUUUCUCUCCGCCGGCUUCCUCCUGGCUGGAGGGGUCAUCUUUUGUUUGUCAUGUCCUGGAAAAAGAACAAGACGACCGGACUAUGUUCCCUCCUCUGACCCUGACGGACUUGUGCUGUACGGAGAUGGGCAGCGGAGGCGGGAGCUGCAGACUGAACGUGUGCAGCCGAAAACAAGACAAAACAAGAAGGUUCAGCUGCAGAUGGACGAAGUGAAGCAGCAGAAACCUCCUCAGGACAAACCUGAACAGGAUCAGCAGCAGAGAGUCUUCUCGUCUCCCUCCAAACUCCCUCCAAAAGACAUCAAGGACAGCUACAGCCUCCAGGAGUACGUUUAAUCCUCCCAGCUGAGCGCUGAAAUGUGGAGUUUUCAGCUGAGGCUCUCUGGCUCAUAGUCAGGGGGAGGUGUGCUGGGGGAGGUGUGUUUGAGGGGGAAUAAUUACCAAAUGUUGAAGACGACAGAUUGUGGAUUCAGCCGAAUGUUUCAGAAACCAGACGAGAAGCAGAGAAUAGGAGCUCAGAGAUAAAAAGAGGAGCUUAAAAAAACUGCACAGGAACCAAACACUGUAAAUCCUUUACAAACUGCCGCAGCGUUCCCAAACCAAAGGUCUGAGGAAAAAAAAAAAAAAGAGCUGGAUCUGCUGAUCAUUUAAAAAAAUCUGAGCUCUGCCUGAAAUCAAAAAGCCAUCAGUUUGCAGCUGUAGACGCUGUCUGCCUUCUCACACAGGGCCGGACCAAAGCUCUCUGAGGGUGGGAGCUGGAUUUAAACCCACAAACCAAAUAUAUACAAAUAUAUAUAUACAAUAUAUAUUGUAGAGAUUUAUUUUGAGAAAAAUAAAAAGUACACAAACGGAGGAUAUAUUGUGACUUUAAGACACACUUUCUGAUUUUUUAUAGCACUUUAGAAACUUAGAUAUUCAAAUAUUAUUCAUAUUAACUGGUGCCAUUAACUAUUAGUAUUAAUUCCAUUUACUGAAGCAGGUUGAUAAACAGUCAGAGUUGGAGCUUGUUGCACCAGACGGUGGUGUUGUAAAGGGGGUUGGGACUGAUUACCCAGGGCCCCAGUGGGUGAGGGGGCCUCAGAAAGCCCAGAAUUAAAAGUUUGGUUUUAUUUGAAAUGUUUUAUUUCUAAGUCAUUACUGUCAUAACUACAUUAAAUUGGCUGAAUGAAAAGAUCUUAAGUGGCGUGUCAAAGGUAACGGGACUUACUUGCGUUUCUUGAAGACAUUUCACCUCUCAUCCAAGAAGGUUCUUCACUUCUGAACUGUUGUUGUCCCGCCACGUUUCCCCCUGACGCCACCGGGCGCCAAUUUUCGAUGACUUCAGAGUGAGACCAGGUUGCAUCAGCGCAUAUUAGAGCUACGUUACGUCAACAGCUACAGAAAAUAAAGCCGCCUAAACUUUAAAGGGUUUUAAUUAUUCAACAACUGUUCCAGGCCUGGAGAACAAGAUUGUGGAAUUCCAUGACUCUUCCAGGUUUCCCAGGACUGUGGGAGCCCUGCAUAAAACAAAAGUACGUUUAAAAAAUCUUCUUGAGCAGUUAUUAUGCUGCACACUCAACCUGUUCUCAUCCCACGCCAUUAAAUACCAACCGUCACACCCCUCAGAGUCUCAUGGUGACGCACAGACCAGACAGCUAACACAGGGUUAAUGUUGUGGCCACAGUUUGGUUUAGGCAACUUUGAAAAAAGAUCAUGUUUUGAGUUAAAGUAAGCACGUUUGUUACAUAACGUAACAUUAUGUAAAUUUGUUACAUCUGUCCACGAUGACGACAGUAUGUAAAUUGCGUAACGUUGUGUUAAAACAUCGAUUUUUGGUUUCAAACGGGACAAAAACUGCGUUCUUCAGGUUGAAACUCCAGAUUUGUUUAACCCAUCAAUGUCCCCUCUCCCACCCUGCACAGACUUUCUCAGUUUUUAUAUUAACAUCAGUAUGUCCUGCGACAAGUAUUGCUACCGAUGGUUUUACACUAGAGUUAAAACUUGGUACGUCUCAUGAGGAUCAAGGAUAGGAUAUCAAGGUUAUCUGUUAACAGUGGGUGCUAUAUAUGAAAAAAACUAGGUUUUUUAUGUAAAGAAAGCAAAUAGAAAGUACGAAUAAAUAAAUAAAUAAAACUUAACACUCAAAAUGUGAUAGAGCCUCUGAAUUCUAAAAUCAGCUGUGAACCCUCAACACUUUAAAAGUUGUUUGAGUUUCAUUUUUCAAAAGUAAAAACUGACACAAAGGAAA